CAUCACCCUGCCCCUUCAUCUCACCAUCUCAUUGCACUGGCAGACGGCGACACUCGACAUAACUCGAAUUCUCCUCCACGAGCGCACUUGCAGAGGAACACGUGCUGACAAGUGUGCUGUGCAAGUGGUGCCGAAAUGCAGCGACGGGUGGAAGAAGACGAGGAGAAUGAAGAGGAAGAGGAUGUACCGCUUCAACAUCGAACACCCUUUGGCGCGGGAAUCAGCCGCAAGCCUAUCCAGUUCGUCAUGGCAUCAGAUCCAAGCCUUAGCACUGCCCAGGCGGUCAAGAAAACCAAAAGUGGCACUUCCGUGGGCGACUUUUACCUCAGCCUCGUGCUCGGUGACAAGAAGCAAGCGGAAGCCGAAAAGCCGUCGCCAGCAGCAGGGCAAGUAUGCGCCGUAUGCGAGUUGCCCGUGGAUAAAGACGACGCCGUAGGAGGGGUCGACGAUGACAAUAACAAAAAUCCCACGACAAGUAGACAAAAGCAGCACGAGUCUUCGAUUGCUCACCAAGUCUGCCUCACACACUCACACCCCCCAUCAGCACUAGAUCGGUCGCGCAUGGGCUUGACAUAUCUUUCGUCCCAUGGCUGGGACCCUGAUUCACGAAAGGGACUCGGUGCCGAAGCGCAAGGCAUGCAGUAUCCCUUGAAGACUCGACCAAAAGAGGAUAGAUACGGAUUGGGACUCAAGAUCCCAAAAGGCAUCCAGGGAAAGAUUGAAAAGAAGAAGCCGCAGAUGCUGGACGCGAAGCAGUGCAGGAAGAAGGCCGAUGAAGACAAGAGAAAGGCCGAGAGGUUGCGCGAGAUGUUUUACGCCAGCGAGGAUAUUGACAAAUACCUGGGGACCGGUUUAUGAGGGAAUAGGAGUCAUGUGAAGCAUUGAGAUACCCAUAAUAGAGGGCGAAUGACGAAACUUGAGCCUGUCGAAGUCCAUUUUAAUUUACAGAUAUACGGUCUUGAACCUUGGUCAAAUUAAUUUGCCUUGGACAACUAUUACAAGGCUUCAAAAUACUGCCAAAUUACCGCAGCUCACACUCGUGAUGACCAAAAACGAGCAUCACAAGGACCAAUGGCUUGGCCAUGGAGUGGAAUAAAGCUGACGAAGAGACGGGUAACAGAUUGGCUUUGAAACACACAAGGGAUUGUCUGGAGCAAACAA